CUGCUCCCGCCCCCGCCCCCGGGGCUCCUAUAAGUUUCGAUUCUCCGCGGAGCCGCGUCCCGCGCCGCGGCCGGCCAGCGCCCCGCGCCAUGGCGGACCCGGAGGUGUGCUGCUUCAUCACCAAGGUCCUGUGCGCCCACGGGGGCCGCAUGGCCCUGGACGCGCUGCUCGAAAAGAUCGCGCUCUCCGAGGCGCAGCUCCGCGAAGUGUUGGAGGCGGCCGGACCCGACCGCUUCGUCGUGUUGGAGACCGGCGACAAGGCCAGGGUCACCGGCUUCGUGGUGGCCACCACCCGAGCCCGGGUGUGCCGUCGCAAGUACUGCCAGAGACCGUGCGAAGACCUGCACCUCUGCAAGCUCAACCUGCUGGGCCGGUGCCGCUAUUCGCAGUCGGAGCGGAAUUUGUGCAAAUAUUCUCACGAGGUUCUCUCAGAAGAGAACUUCAAGGUCCUGAAGACUCACGAGCUCUCUGGACUGAACAAAGAGGAGUUAGCAGUGCUCCUCGUCCAGAGUGACCCCUUUUUUAUGCCUGAGAUAUGCAAAAAUUAUAAGGGAGAGGGUCAAAAAGUCAUUUGUGAUCAGUAUCCAUCGUGCGAAAGACUCCACAUCUGCGAGCACUUCACCCGAGGGAUUUGCGGUUAUGCCAACUGCCUCAGGUCCCAUAACCUGAUGGACAGAAGGGUGCUGGCCAUCAUGCGGGAGUACGGGCUGAGCGCCAGCGUGGUUCAGAACAUCCAGGACAUCUGCAACAGCAAGCACGGCCGCAAGAAACCCCCCAGGGGCAGAGCUGCUGCCUACCGUAGAGAAAAGGCCUACGGAGGGAGAAGCAAAAGCAGAGACCGAUCAUUUCAGGGCAGUCUGGAAUUUCUCCCAUCUGCUUCAGCUUCUACUCAGAAGCCCUGCAGCCCUGGCCCGGAUCAGAUCGGCCACAGGCCUGCCCUGGAUGACAGGCCCGCCCUGGAUGACAGGCCCGUAGAAGAGCUGGCCCACAAGUUCAUGCAUUUGGGAAGUCAAGAUUCCCCGACCUCACCUAAGGCUGAUAAUCUUGGAGGAACAGGUCACAUGGGAAGGAGCCAAAGGUUUUCAGAGAAUGCCAGUCCAGGGAAUCUCUUUUUCGGGAGUCUAGGCAGCACUUACGUCCCUUCUGACGCAACACCAGCUUCCAACCCGAAGGGCCCUGCAUCCUGGCUGAAUGACAAAGGCACCAGUAGAGAGAGUUUGUUUUCCGGGAGUCCGGCUGCCUCUGGCUCCCCUCUGGGUUCUCCACAAACACCUGAGACCAUACCCACCAGAAAGAGCGUGGGUGCGCCUUCUUCAGCCGUCACGAAUGCCAAGGGCAGAAGCGGGAAUCAGAAUUUUCUUUUUAAUAAUAACGUUGAUGGAAUGGCCACAGAUAGAGCUUCUGCAAGAUCUCUGAAUUACAAAACCACAACCAGUGGACAGAGAGAAAAAUCGUUAACAAGGAAUCAGGACCCCGGAACUACUCCCAGUCGUCUCCAGACCCCUGGAAAAAUUAUAGGUGGUGGCGAGCCGGCAGCGGCCUCCAUGAACGGUAGCCACAGUGAGAAGACAAUUUGGCCUGGCAAAUCCAUCCACAGUGCACCAAAUGGCUCUAGUCAAGUUGCGGAUGAAACCACUGAUGUAAAUAAAACUGGUGCCUCCAGUUUUGGCUUCACAUCCAGCUGCCGAGGGGAUAAAAACGUGUUGGGCUUUGGAGGUCCGAGUCUGGGAGCCCAAGUCCUACCAACACCUCAGGACACCCCUGCCCCCACACAAGUCAGCGCUCUGCCCAAGGUGCCACCUUCUACAUCCUUCUCAAGCAACAGGGCUUCAGCCUAUGCAACCCAUGGUCCAAACUCUGCCCAGAUCCCUGCUGGCCCUGCCAGUGACCUUGCAGGGCCUCCAAGCUGUGAUCUGUAUUCUGCAUCCGACGUUGAGAACACGAGCUCUUCCACGACCGGUGACUGUGCCUCACAGGAAAUUUGUCUUGACCAUCUGUGUAAAGGCUGUAACCUUGCAAGCUGCAGCAAAGUUCACUUCCACCUGCCUUACCGGUGGCAGGUAUUUCUUGCAAACAGCUGGGUUGACCUCCAGCCCAUGGAGAACAUUGAGAAGGCAUACUGCAACCCCCAAAUCCAAAGCCUUUCUUUUGGAAGUAAAAGGAUCGACUUCCAGAAGAUGACUUGUGAUUUUAAUCCUAUCCGACGGAUCUCCACACCUUCAUCUGUCACAGUGCUGACCAAUUUUGUCUUUGCCACAAAAUGGAUUUGGUACUGGAGGAGUGAGUCUUACAGAUGGGUUCAAUACGGGGAGAAGGUUGACAAAGAGCAAGCUGCAAACAUCGACUCUUCGUACCUGGAGUCUUUCUUUCUGUGUUAUCCGAGGGGAGUUGUGCCAUUUCAGGCAGGUUCACGGAGCUACGAGCUGAGUUUUAUGGGGAUGGUUCAAACAAACAUAGCUUCCAUGACCCAAAAGGAUGUUGUCAGAAGGCCAAAAUUCAUGUCUUACAAGGAAGUGGAGCAGAUUAAAAGUGGGCUCAACCAUCAGCCGGCGCAGACCCUGUCAGAGCCUUUAACCUCAACAUUACAUCCUCAGCAGGACUUCGGCUCCAAUGGAUAUGAGUUAUUAGAGAUCAACCCGCAGACUCGGGAAUAUGCCACAAUAAGUGAGCUUUUUAAAGCUUCCAUGAAAAACUUCAAGAUUGAAAACAUAAAGAAGAUCAAGAAUACAAAGCUGUUGGAUGCUUUUGAAAGGAAGAAGAUGAAGAUGAACAACAGAACGGAGAAGAGCCUAUUUUGUGCAACAAGCCGCGCCCACGUGGAGUCUGUCUGUGCGAAUAAUUUUGACUGGUUCUCACAUGGAACUGCUGAAAACAAAUAUGGAAAAGGGAACUACUUCAGAAAAGACGCCAUCUAUUCCCAUAAAAAUUGCCAGUGUGAUCCCAAAAACGCCGUUAUGUUUAUAGCUCGGGUCCUGGUUGGAGAUUUUACUCAAGGAGAUCUGGGAAGUCCGAGCCCUCCUCCACCCCCAUUUGACAGCUAUGUGGACGCAAGGUUGAAUCCCUCUGUGUUUGUCAUCUUCGAGAAAGAUCAGAUUUACCCAGAAUAUGUGAUUGAAUACACUGAGCUAGACAAAGCCUGCGUGGUUAGUUAGACAUGAUGGCUGCAGCGUCCUACAGGAGGCCGUAACCAUUGUGUCCACCUACAGAGUCAGACCGCCCCAGAUAGAAACUCGCACACUUCCUCACGUAGUUAUCAAAUCGCCUUAGAGCAGUGGUUCCCCAAUUUUGUUCACACAUUUGAAUCAUCUGGGAAGCCUGCUGGCAAUCCCAGUGUUCAGACUGCAUCCCAUUCCAACUAAAUCACUGUUCCUGCUGUGAGAGCGGGGCAGUGGUAUUUAUAAAUCCCAAGGAUUCAAAUGCGCCGUGAAGUUUGGGAACCGCUCUCUUGGAUGUAACUGGGAACGACUAACUUCUAAAACUGCUGUCACUGCAACAAGUUUUUCUUUCAACUACUCUUCGUUUAUUGUAUGACAUAGUUUUGUUUUGGUUAAAUUGCAAGAAAAUUAACUUGGGCAAUGUGAGAGAAAUCUAAAAAUGCCUAUUGAUGUAAGGACGUAAGACAGUACUGCCUUUGGAUAGAUGAUUGUGGAAAGUUGGAUGCGGAGGGGGUAUUUUUAGGAAAAUGCUGGGGGCGGGGGAAGAAAAGGUCAUUUAAAUGGUAUUAUAGAUGUAACUGCAGUGUUGUACCUUCGUGGCAGAUCUGAGUUGGGGCAUAUAUUCCUUUAUCUCUGCGUUUAUUUAGGGGACUCCACCCAGGUUGACUUCUCGGGAAUGCAAUAAAAAGAGCCACGAAAUGUGGCUCAGAGAGAAGCAACCAACUGGAGCUGAUUGCCCAUUUGGGUUCUUCAUAUAUGAUGAUAGAGAAGGUUUUUCAGGCUGGACUUUCUUGCAGUGUUUGUAUUUUGGGGGGAUCUGAGUCACAUAACCAGAUUCACACAAAUCUGACUGAUAAACCUGAGUGUUAUUUGUAGUCGUCGUGUCGUUCGCUGUCGCAGGGGAGGCUCACCAAGGACUUAGGAGCCAGGCCAUCCCUAUUGGAGGAUGGGCCCCUUAAGGUGGCGAGAUUUGUUUCCUGGUGAGCGGAACAAAGGAAACAAAGCCUCAAACAGGCCUUGCACCUGCAAGGGGCUUCUUUUUUGUACGUGUAACGGAUUGUUUGUAAGUGUAGUACAAUCAGUUUUUAAAGCAGUUGAGGGUCUUGGACCAAGAGUUCCUUCCUUAUAACGAAUCAGGUUUUCCCUUCCGGUUUUCCUUUUCAACAUUCUGUACCAUUCGCCAAAGUUUCCUGUUCUAGUUCCUUCCAGCAGACAUGUUAUGAAAGUUAAUUAGCAUUAGAGUUGAUUUUCUAUUGGGCAGAUUGUAGAUCAGCACAAACCUCUCCACAACCCCUUGGUUUAAUGGACUCCACCAGUAACAGAUGUAUAGGGAUUUUUUAGGGCAGGGUUAUUUUCUGGGAGGCUUACCACAGAUAGUUACUCUAAUGCACUUUUCCCCCCCCUUGAAUGGUAGCUCCUGUUGAGGAGUUUUCAUUUCCUGAUCUUGGUUCUCACAUUGUCAGAGAUGCAAUUUGUCCAACUCUGAUGGCCUAGUAGAUUCUCUGCCUCCCUCAAACGAAUCAUUUCUCCCCUAGUAUUCUGUAUUCAGGAGUCAUUCUGGACUUCGUCCUCUCCUUCCCUCAAGCUGUUCCCAAGGCCAGUUUUACUUCUAAAGUACUUCUUUGUCCCCUUCUGAGCUGUUCUUACUUAGUAGUAAGAAUGGCCAUAUUUAACAUUUUUUCCCUUAAUCCUUAAAAACACAAAUCUGAUCACGCCUUUGGAAUAAAGUUCAAAAUCCUUAUUAUGGCCCCACAUGAUUUAUCCUUCCCUGCCCUCUAAUAUUUACUUAUUUUCUUCCACACAAGCCACUCUGGCUUCCUUUGUUCUUUGGUUCUCCUUUCUUCCUAGCUCAGAUGUUCUCAAUUAGGACUCCUGCCUUUUUUUUUAAUGACAAAUACAUUGUAACAUCUGCUUCAUUAUUCUCAAAGUACAAUUCAAUGGUCAUAUACUCUACCUACACAGAAUUGCAAAAAUAAAUUUAAAAUUAGUUAACAUUAAUGUAAAAGGGAAAUAAAAGGUAUAUUACUUGGGCACAACUAUAUUAGAAGACCUAGUCAGAUAUUUACACCUAAUGAGUACAUUUCAAAGAAGGUAGAAAAUCAAAACUGAGUUUAUACAAAGAAGUACCUAGGAAAACAAAAGGGCAAGGACAGGAGUGGACCUUAGAAUAACCGGUUUGCUGUGAUAAGAGAAAUACCGAAAUAGCCUUAAGUGAAACAAACUUACUGUGCAAGGAAAUCUACGGACUGUCGAGAUGGAGAAAAUGAGGAAAUACCAUAUUUUUUGCAGACGAACUGUAGGUCAAUAAAAGACUGUCUAGCGAGACAUUCAGAAUUCGUUUAGGGUGCAGAAUAGUUUCUUCCUGUGAGAACUGUCCAGAAUAUUGCCAAGAGGUUGAGCCUACUUGGCUCUCAUGUGCUUAGUGCCAACAGCACCCUCUGCUCCCCCGACUUACGGUGACAACCAUAAACCCUAUCAUAUCUGUUCACCCUUUUCAGAGCAGGAACAGUUUAUCACAUCCCCUUUGUUGGCCUGAGAGGAAUUGUAGGUAAUACAGUCUACUUCUUUAAGAACCAAUUUAAUGCCCCAACUCUAUUAUAAUGGAGAAAUAGAAGGAAAGAAAUCUGUAAUGAAAAUAAAGUGAGUUUCAGUAUGUAAAUGCUCAGGCAUGACUGUUCUAUAUGACAUCAUGAAGUAGAUACUUACCCCUACUUACGAUGAAUGGACUUUCACAGUCGUUCAGAGGCUACUUCCUAGAAAGACGUGCGGGAAAAUGAAAGAGUGAGGGGUAUGCGUGACUCUAGGGUGAAAGCAAGCGUUUGGGGAAGUCAUAACAGGCCAUAUAUCUUAUCUGCUUAUGGUAAGAAACCUUCCCCGAAAUGAGGAUAACAGAUUGCCUGAGGGGAAAAAGAAUGAAUGAUCUUCUCUCAGGUGAGCUGUAGGUCCUACAUAAAUGUCCAGCCAGGACGUGAAAAAGUCAUAUAGGUUACCGAAUAGUUCUUUGUGUGGGACUAGCCCGCGCGCACAGAUAUGUGUUCUCCCUGGCUGCGUCCACUCAGUGCCAGGAAUAGUUCCCAAUAAUUAUGAAACCAACAACCUGUCAAUUUCCAAAACCUUCCCAAGAGGACCACUGACUUAGUUAUAAUCUAGCCUCCUCAGAUUAGUUUACGAUUACCUCCGUGAGGAGUCUAUUCUAAAUUAGAUGAGAUGCUUGCUCCCCAGCCCCCCAGGUUUUAAAAGUCUUUGUGCCUUUCUCUGUUCAUUUUUAGCAUCUGUCCAACUUGCAGUGGUUUACUUUCUGUAUUAGAAUGUAAGCUCCUUGAGGGCCAAGUCACCCUCUCUUAUUCACUGUGCUGUACCUGAUACUUAGCUGGGUGUUUGAUUGGCUGAUACAUUGGAUGCCUUCUGCUGAAUAAAGUAAGCUCAACUAGUUGUAUUUCAGUAGUUGAGUUUUAUUUCUUCUUCAAGCUUAAUUCUAGACUAUCCAAUAAAGAGAAAUAUUAAUUUUG